AUCAAGUUACUCACUCCCUUACGUAAAUUCUCUCCAAAGCAACAUAUUCUCUUCCAAAGAGCUCUCUCUCUCUCUCUCUCUCUCUCUCUCUCUCUCCAAGUUUUUCCUCACAGACAGAAAGAUGUCUGCGAGCAAUAGAGCUGUUUCUCUGUCCUCUCUCUGCGUUUUCCUUCUCACCAUCUCAACCCUCGCAACCCCAUCAACUUCCGCCAUAGACUCCUUCGUCUUCGGCGGGUGCUCCCAGCUGAAGUACAUGCCGGGCUCGCCCUACGUAAACAACCUGAACUCGAUCCUCACCUCCCUAGUUAACUCAGCCAUGUACACCUCCUACAACAACUUCACCACCAUCGGUUCCGACCCACAGGACACCGUCUACGGCCUCUUCCAGUGCCGCGGCGACCUCCAGGGAAACGACUGCGCCCGCUGCGUCGCCGGCGCCGUCACUCAGCUCGGCACGCUCUGCAUUGACUCGUGCGGCGGCGCGUUGCAGCUCGACGGGUGCCUCGUCAAGUACGACAACACCACCUUUUUGGGUGUGGAGGACAAAACUGUGGUCGUCAAGAAGUGUGGGCCGCCGAUUGGUUAUGACUCCAACACGUUGACUGGGAGAGAUGCUGUGCUGGCGUCCUUAGGGGCCGGUGAUGGAGGGCCCUACAAGACCUACCGGGCUGGUACCUCCGGGGAUCUCCAGGGUGUGGCUCAGUGCGUGGGGGAUUUGAGUCCGAGCGAGUGCACGGAUUGCUUGGGGGACGCGAUCGGACGGCUGAAGACCGAGUGUGGGCCCGCCGCGUGGGGCGACAUGUUCUUGGCCAAGUGUUACGUGCGCUACUCGGAAGGCGGCGUUCACUCGCACAGCGGAAAGGAUAAUGGUGAUGAUAAUAACAAUGAUGAUGAAGUUGAGAAGACGCUUGCAAUAAUAAUCGGGCUCAUAGCGGCGGUUGCAUUGAUCAUAGUAUUCAUUUCCUUCUUAAAUAAACUGUGCGAAAGCGGAAAAGGUGGCAAGUAGAUUAUCUCUGAAGCUAGCUCCUCCGUCGUAUCAUUUCUGUUUGGUCUGAUGCGUGGAAGUUGAAACUGCCAAAAGGGAAAUGGCUGCCAAUGUCGAUAGAGUAAGCCACCGUGGUUGUCAGCUACGGAGCGUGGUGAUAUGUUAUGAUCCUAGUGUUCCACAUGAGCUAAGUCUAAUCUUAACCAUGUAUAUAUAAACUCUUGGGCACUCUCUUAUUUCAAGCCCGUUUUUAAAAGUGAGUUCUACUCUAAGCUUGUACCAGAACUGAUUACCUAAUUGUACGAAAAUUGUAUAAUAGUUCACUAAAUAUGCUUAAUCAUUGCUACUUUCUGAGAUCCUA